AUGCAAUUCUCACCCAAAAAGGCAACUGCUGAAUUAAGGGAUUGGAGAUACCCGGUCAAAUCUCCGCUUCCCGUUGGAUACUUUGACCGAAGACAGGCUACACGCAGUGUGGAAGAACUCCCGAUCUCCUCUUCCCAUCGGUCGUCGUCCGCACAGGCUGCGACCCGAACAGACGAAUUCGGUCCCCACGAGCUCAUUCGCGACUCACCAUUGGGUGCUCAAACGGAUGACUCUAAUUUGUCCAAGCGCGUGCUCAGGUACGAUGUGCAGCACGCUCAACGCUUGCAGCCUAUGCGCAGCGCACCCGCGAUGAGGGUCGACAUCCCGUUGGCCGUUACGCGCAAGGAGCGAGCCAAGACGGAUCCAGUCGCCGGAUCCAGAGCCCUUCGAGAGAUCAUCGACAUUUUCGACGCGCACUUUGCGCAGGUGAAUGAAGAUGCUCGAUCUCGGCCUGCGCAAGGCAAGAGGUCAAAGACGAACCGCGCCAAGAGCCUGGAGCUGAAGCUGAGCAGGGUAGGUGCAACGAGCACAUGGCGCAAUGCCGACGAAUCGCCUUCUCCACGAGGCGCUGUUCAACGCGCUCCAAACGAGAUCAUGCCAGUCGCUCUCACUGGCUCAAUGGUACACGAGUCGAAAGCAACCGCAACACCGCACGCCGGCAAAGACAGGAGCUUGAUUCCGGUUAGAAACUUCUGCCAUCCUAUCCGUGAGCGCACUUCGCUGGAAGAUGCAAUCUGCGCACCUACUAAGCCCGGAUCAAGCACGCCGGACCAACGUCGUGCACGCAUGCCACCGUCAGCACCUUCUUCGCCGGUCCAAGACUUAUCCUAUCCGCCCGCCCCAGAAACGUCGCUUGAGGAACAGCGACAGCACAGCAAAGCGCCAGCACGGAAUACCCCAUCUCCCGCUAGCAAGAUGUGGCGAAAGAUGAAUCCCCUCACAGCAUUCGUGCAGCUGCCGUCGCCGCCGCCGCCGGUCCCGAAUAAACAAUCAGAGAAGACGUCACCCUUUGCCAGCGUCGAAAUCCUCGAGCUUCCCCAGACAUUACCUUCCUACCCCCGCAAGAGAUCCUUGACCCUCAGCACUCUCGUCUCGUCUUCGGUCGCUCCUGCCUUGCGGACGACAAGCCCGUCUGCCUCUGCUCAGAAUCAAAAACGGUCGGCUCGAGCGGUGCAUCACGAGGCUCGUGCUCAGCUACUCAGCAUUGCCUAA